AUGGAUAUCAUAGUUGAGAAUAUAGUAGAAGAAGUUGACAACCGUACCACAACAGAGCCUUUGGAGUAUCCUAUGUCAACAUUAGAAGCUAUUGUUACAGCAAUCGCCUCAGGUAUCAUUAUUGUAUCAACUAUUUUUGGCAACAUUCUUGUCAUUAUGUCAGUCUUCACAUACCGCCCAUUGCGAAAUGUGCAAAAUAUGUUCAUAGUGUCUUUAGCAGUAGCAGAUAUAACUGUCGCAGUUCUCGUCAUGCCCUUAAAUCUUGUCUAUACAAUUAUGGCACAAUGGACAUUCGGUUUACCUGUAUGCAAAAUGUGGCUCACUUGUGAUGUGCUCUGCUGUACUGCCUCCAUCCUCAAUCUUUCAGCAAUAGCCCUAGAUCGAUAUUGGGCAAUACAUGACCCCAUAAACUAUGCUUGCAAGCGAACAUUGAAAAGAGUAUUGCUUAUGAUAGCUGGAGUGUGGAUUGUCAGUAUGAUUAUAUCAGCUCCGCCGUUGAUUGGAUGGAAUGACUGGCCAGAAGAAUUCACUGAAGACACACCUUGCAUGCUCACUGAGGAAAGAGGAUAUGUCAUCUACUCAGCCAGUGGUUCUUUCUACAUCCCCCUCUUUAUUAUGACUGUCGUUUACAUCAAAAUAUUCGAAGCUGCCAAACAUCGAAUUAGAGUGAAAGCCAAAGCAGCUGCUAAUUUAGCUGCUAUGAGGAAAAGUCCUGACACUGCCUCUUCCACAAUUCCUCUAAAAUCCAUUCAAACUGAGAUAAGUACCAUAGCUGUUACAGAUGAUUCUUCCUCUUCUUCAACUCAUAAAAUAUCGGACGAUAAAAAUGAUGCAUCUACAUCCAAAGAUGCUGAAGCAGUAGAAGAGAACAACUGUGCUACAAAUGGGACAGAAAAGCCUGAAGCGACUGCCCCGAGAGGUCGGACAUUAGUACCUGACGGAAAUCCUCGUCUGACAGCAACCGUUAGGCAUUACAUGAGAGAAAAACAGAAAAUAUGUUUACUUAAAGAAAGACGUGCAGCCAGAGUGUUGGGAAUUGUUAUGGGAGUUUUUGUACUAUGCUGGCUUCCAUUCUUUUUGAUGUACGUCAUACUUCCAUUUUGUGAGAACUGUUAUGUUUCUAAUCGAUUAGUAAAUUUCAUCACUUGGUUAGGUUAUGUUAACUCUGCUCUGAAUCCAGUCAUUUACACCGUUUUCAAUAUGGACUUCAGAAGAGCAUUUGGUAACAUACUUUGUCGUAAACGAUAAGCAACAAAAAUAAUCUUAAAAUGCCUUUACAUAAAAUAUAGCGUACGUUGCAAACAUUAUAUUCUGUGAAUAUGGCUUUUAUUGAACAGCAAUCUUUCAAUAAAUAAUGCUUUUUCACUAAUCAAGUGUGAGAAAAAAUACUAAAAAAGUAUUAUAUGUAAACAUUUUCAAAAUGUUUAAACGAUG